GAGUAGGAGGGAGAAUUGAUACGAAGGGGUUUACCGAACCCAACCUCUCAACCCAACCCAAUCCGACGAGAAUGUAAAAUUAAUCACAUGAUAUCUUUCUUUGUCGUUAACUACUCUUAUGUGGUUGUGUGCUUUUGUCUUUUUGAAGUCGAAUUCUAAAACCUCGUAGAAAGAAGCCUCUAAGUAGAAAGACAUGUUUAGUUAAGUUGCAGGUUAGACAUUGGAGGGGCCUUUAAAAACAGGACUCUUUCCUUUCUCAAACAUCUUCGUGAAGAAACCAGUCGCCUCUCUCUCUCUCUCUCUCGCGCACGCGCGGAGACACGCACACAGUCUUGUGAAAUAUAUAUGGCUGAAGAUGGCGGAGUCGUGUUCGAAGACGAACGCAUGACUUGGCUUCCAUCUCAUGUCCUAGACGAAACCUGCCAAGCCAAGAUAUAUUUGACGAAUCAACAGAACCAGCAACGACACAGUCCUCCUGUCCAAGUGCAAGCGGUGGAGCCGGAGCCUCUUCGACGGAAAACGAAGCAUACAGCGAGGUCUCAUAUUAGGCCCAAAUAUCUGUGUUCAAAUUGGGUUCCUGGAGGACAUGGGAUGCAAGCAAUCUUCCUGGAUUCGGGUCGGAGGUCCGAGGGCACCGGCGUUUUCCUUCCACAAACACCAAGUGCGAAUACCCGGCCCGGCUGCAAGAAGCCAGCUUGUGCGCCGGUCCUCCUACCUCCUCGAGUCAUUCAAGCGCUCAACCUCAACGUGCAAGCCCUUGGCUUGCAAAUUUCUCGAAGACCAGAUACCAAAGAAAAACCCAACAGCGUGGAAUGCAGCCUGGUGAAGAAUCAAGAUGGAAAGGAUGCAACCCAACGUUGUCUUGUAUUACAGAGCCAAAGCUCCUCCUCCUCCUCCUCCUCCUCCUCCUCAGAAGAUUUACUUCUUCCCAAAGAAUGGACCUACUGAUAGAUCUCUCGUGAAACUUCGAAGAAGAUUCAUUUUUUUUUUG